AUGGCCACUGAUAAGAACACCUCGGAGCUUGACGAACUCCAUUCAGGUCCUACUAGUUCGGGUGCCGAUUUGACGAUUUUUCAGACCUAUCGAGUUAUGUGGGGCGUCAUCCGUCUGCCUCCCAUUCUCUCCUACAUCGGCCUGCUGUUCGCCAUUAAGGUAAAGAACAAGUUUAAGGUGCUUAAACUAGCCAUUUUUUAUAAUAAUCAAAAUGAUUUGCUAUAA